GUAGGCCAAUUAAGUCAUGUCCUGAUAUUCAUAGCUAUGGAGAUUCGACAGUGAGAUUCGCAAUGACAUUUAUUUAGUUGGUUCAUACUUUGCUCUGCUUGUGCAUUUAUUACUCUCGGAAUCAUGACACGGCAUAAUUCUCAUAAUCUCUCAUCUGUUUCAGUUCUCCCCCGGAAAUAGCGUCGACCAUGACCUUCCUUCUUCGGAUCACGUCUGUCAUGUCGACAGCACAGGCUAACAUCCCUGACAUGUAUGCUAGCUGUAGAAAAAUGUGCACUUCUACAUAGAUGGUGCUGUCAUUAAGGUUUAUUUGUUGUGGUUGGAGGGAACAUAUGCAUCCAGGUGUCUGCUGACACACUGUGUAGUUUGGGAACAAUGGUGAAAUAUUUCCACUGCGUUGGUCUUCUCAAGAACACAUGGGACCAAGUCUGCCUGGCUUUCUGGCAGCGAUACCCCAACCCCUACAGCAAUCAUGUUUUGACGGAGGACAUUGUUUUCCGUGAGGUGACUCCUGAUAACCGGCUCAUAUCCAGACGCCUGCUGACCAAAACUAACAGAGCCCCACGCUGGGCCGAGAAGUUCUUGCCCAAGCAAAUGGCCCGACUGGCGUACAUCGUCGAGGACUCUAUUAUCGACCCAAAGACCCGGACCAUGACCACAGUCACCUGGAACAUCACACACGCGCGCCUAAUGUCGGUUGAGGAGCGCUGUGUUUAUGCUGUAAAUCCUGAGAACAGCAGCUGGACGGAGAUACAGCGCGAGGCGUGGAUCUCCUCGAGCCUCUACGGGCUUUCCAGAGCCAUCCAGGAAUUUGGCGUCGCAAGAUUCAAGACCAGUGUUACCAAAACCAUGAAAGGGUUUGAAUAUGUUUUGGCUAAAAUGCAAGGCGAGACGCCCUCCAAAACGCUGGCCGAGACGGCCACAGAGAAGGCCCGCGAGACGGCCCUGGCGGCGAAGGAGAAGGCCAAAGACCUGGCGUCCCAGGCCCAGAAGAAGCAGUACGUGUGAAUGGGUGGCAUGUGGUGGUGGUCUCCCAUGUGCUCUUUUGGAUGCCACUCAUACUCAACCCCCCCCCCCCCCCCCCCUCCUCCUCCUCCUCCUCCCCUCACACACACACGCGCAAUCGCCACCCCUCCGUGCACUUGAGCUUCCAUUCUCCGAGUGUGUGACCCAGUCAACUGUACUUGACCUGAGUGUGUAUCUCCACGUCAGCCUUAUUCCGGGUCAAGACAUGACGGAUGCGGAUGUACAUCUUCCUCCAUUUAGUGUCUGUGGUUUGUUUCUGUUUUUGUUUUUGUUUUUUUCUUGUCCAAGAGUAGUUACUAGUGGGUUCUUUUCAUUAAUCGAGGGUGGGUGGGUGGAAUAGAUAGAUGUGGGUCUUAAUUUAUCCGUCGUCUUUCCUCUGUAUGUAACUCUACAUACUUGACUCAGCUAUCUCAGCAGACAGUUACGCUGCCUUUGUGUUUUUUUUCUGUUUGUCUCCUCAUCCACUCGGUGGAUUCCGUUAUGAAAUGCUGUUUCCGUUUCACCAUUUGUGCUCCUUACCCUGCGCCCUGCUCCCCCAUCUUCCUCUCUCUACUGCGUAGUUUCAUUGCUUCAAAUUGAAGUGAUUUUUUUUUGUCAGAUGAAUGGUCCACGUUAAUUGCAGUCCUGGCCGGGUUAGGCAAACUGUGCUUUCAUUCAAAACAGAGGACGGGACCAUCAAAACGUAACCAUUGUGGAGGCCAACUCCCAACUAAUCAACGAAGCACUUACUUUAGUUUACCCAUAACAUCACUAGAGCUCAGGGUAAUCCAGAAUAAAUAUAAAACGGUCAUCUUAUGAAUAGCAGUGAAUACAGUUAUGCCUCAAAAGGCAUUUCAGGUACGUUCGAUGUGUCCUAGUCCUCAAGUAUGAAUGAAGACUGGUUUGGUGUUGUGUGCAUUUCAGAUGUACCGUGCAGUUACAAACAUGGGAGAAAUGAUUGCAGUGGGCAGCAGUGUCUGUAUACUAUAUAUGCUUGAAAAUGUACUGGAAAAAAAUGAAUUGCAUCAUUCGAAUCUACCAAAGUAGAGAUGGUCUUGAUUAUUAAUGAUUAUCUUGGUGAAAUGCUACAAAUGUGUUACAGUACUAGCAAGUUAAUGAAAUAUGCUUGAUGAGAAUAAAUAUUUUCUAUUGAA